CGCGCUUGCGCCCUGGUCUUGAUCCCGAUCCUUGCGUUUGAUCCCCCCCAUCGCUCUCAACCCGCUUGCCCGAUCGUCAUCUGUCCUUCUCGCCGCCAUGUCUACCGCCCUCGACCAUCUCAAGAAGCACACUACCGUCGUCGCCGACACUGGUGACUUUGAAGCCAUCGCUGCCUACAAGCCCCAGGAUGCCACCACCAACCCCUCGCUCAUCCUGGCCGCCACCCAGAAGCCCCAGUACGCUCGGCUCGUUGACGAGGCUGUCGCGUACGGCAAGGCCAAGAGCAGCAACCACCAUGACCAGCUCGAGUGGGCCCUGGACAAGCUGCUCGUCAACUUUGGUGUCGAGAUUCUCAAGGUCGUCCCCGGCCGCGUUUCCACCGAGGUUGACGCUCGUCUCUCGUUCGAUAAGGACGCCACCAUUGCCAAGGCCCGCCGCAUCAUCGAUCUGUACAAGGAAGUCGGCGUCGACAAGACCCGUGUCCUGAUCAAGAUCGCCUCUACCUGGGAGGGUAUCCAGGCUGCCCGCGAGCUUGAGGCUCAGUACGGCAUCCACUGCAACCUGACUCUUCUGUUCAGCUUCCCCCAGGCCGUUGCCUGUGCCGAGGCUGGCGUCACCCUGAUCUCGCCCUUCGUCGGCCGCAUCCUUGACUGGUACAAGAAGAGCACUGGCGAGAACUACACCUCGGCCCAGGACCCUGGCGUCCUCUCUGUCCAGCGCAUCUACAACUACUACCGCAAGUACGACUACAAGACCAUCGUCAUGGGUGCCUCCUUCCGCAACGUUGGCGAGAUUGAGGAGCUCACCGGCAUCGACUUCUUGACCAUCUCGCCCGGCCUGCUCCAAGAGCUCCAGUCGAGCAACAAGGCUCUUGAGCCCAGACUCUCGGCCGCUACUGCCAAGAGCCAGGAUAUCCCCAAGGUCACCUACGACGAGAAGCGCUUCCGCUGGGAGCUCAAUGAGGACGCCAUGGCCACUGAGAAGCUCGCCGAGGGCAUCCGCAACUUUGCCAAGGACGGCAAGAAGCUCGAGGACCUGCUCCGCCAGAAGAUCUCUGCUUGAGCGACGACAGAAACGGCUGCUGUCUCAGUUGUGGAUGGACGUUGCUGAACAGCAAACUCGCCGACAGCCCCAGAGUCGAGCUAUGGAGUGAAACGGCACAGCUGACUUGUAGUUAGACCGGGACAGUUGGAGACGCGGAGCAACCCCAACGCAUGCAACCGAACAACAGCCCUGUUUUGCAACUGCAGCGCACUUUUCCGGAUUUUGAAUACACCCAUGUCCAUCAAUCGGCGUGCUCUGUCUGUGCUGUGAUGCUGC